AUUCUCUCGUUUUCUCUCCCCAAUUUUCCACACCGCAUUUUCUCGCGAAACAAACAGAGAGAGAGAGAGAUAUCUAGAGAGAGAGGGACAACAAAAAACAUUAAUUGUUGGUCGUAUAAGAGAUGGGAGAAGAGAGAAUGGAGGGUGGGCUCAUGGCGACGUCGACGGAGUCUUUGCUUUGCGACAAAGACGAAGAUUCCGGCGGACGCCACGUCACCGCCGCCGUGUUGUUCACCACCGCCGCCGCCGUCUCCGGCUCCAUCAGCUUUGGCUGCGCCAUGAGCUUCUCAUCAGCUGCAAAGGGCGGGAUCCAAGAAGACUUGGGACUCUCUGUUGCAGAGUAUUCAGUUUUCGGAUCAAUUUUAACAUUUGGAGCAACAAUCGGCGCUUUAUUCAGUGGAAUCAUAACAGGUUUAGUCGGUCGGAAACCGGUAUUAUGUAUCUCCCAAUUAUUUUUCAUCAUUGGUUGGCUUGCAAUAGCAUCUGCUAAGACUGUUUGGAUGUUGGAUUUUGGGAGACUCUGCUGUGGGAUUGCUAUUGGAUUGCUCAGUUACACAAUUCCGGUUUACAUAGCAGAAGUAACACCCAAAACCAUUAGGGGAGGAUGUAUAUUCGCCAACCAGUUAUUGCAAAAUUGUGGGAUGGCCAUAAUGUAUUCCGUUGGAAACUUCUUAAGGUGGAGAACAUUAGCAUUAAUAAGUGUUCUUCCUUGUUUUGUUCAGCUUUUUGCAAUGUUCUUUGUUCCCGAAUCUCCUAGAUGGUUGGCGAAAAUUGGAAGGGAAAAAGAGUUUGAAAAUUCUCUACAAUUUCUGAGAGGAAAAGAUGCCGAUAUUUCCAAAGAAAAGGCGGAAAUUAUCGACCUGAUUGAAGCUUUAGACAAAGUCACCAAAUCGAAGUCUCUAGACUUGUUCCAGAAGAGAUACAGAUAUUCACUAACGGUCGGAAUAGGGUUAAUGCUUCUGCAACAAUUAACCGGAAGUGCCGGUAUAGGCUUUUAUGCAAGCACCAUAUUCGAGAAAUCAGAUUUUUCGGUAAGCUUCGGAUCGACGGCACUUGCCCUUGUUCUGAUUCCAAAGGCAUGCUUGGGUCUAUUUCUGGUGGAUAAAUGGGGACGAAGACCACUUCUCAUGGUAUCUGCCACAGGAGCAUGCCUCAGUUGUCUGCUCCUUGCAGUUUCCUUUACAUUACAGGCAUUCGAGUUAUUGAAGGAAAUCACUCCUAGCAUGGCAUUUGUCGGUGUUAUGGGUUUUAUGACAACUUUUGCGUUGGGAUUCGGGGGACUACCGUGGAUCAUAAUGUCUGAGAUAUUCCCAAUGAAUAUUAAAGUGAGGGCGGGAAGUGUUGCGGCGUUUGCGAAUUGGUCGACCAGUUGGGUCAUCACUUACGCUUUUAAUUUUCUAUUGGAAUGGAGCUCAGCUGGAACGUUUUAUAUAUUCGCGGGUGCGUGCGGAGCAAGUAUUUUGUUCGUAUGGUCCAUAGUUCCAGAGACCAACGGCAAAACUCUCGAAGAAAUACAAGCUUCAUCUAUCCUCAAAUGAUUUCACCCCUUUUUUUUUAUUUAAAUGAAAUUUUAAUAACUUCCAGCAAAUUAUUAUUAUUAUUAUUAUUCAAUCGGGUACAUCAUAUUAUUUUGCUGAUUUGACUUUACUAAAAAUAUAUUUAUAU